CGUGUGACACACGGGCCGGCAGUACACACUUUUUCAUCGCAUUCACUACACACAGGACUGUGAUGGACUAGCCCCUCCCCUCCCCCUCCUUCCUUCGUAUUCUGGUCCCUCACAAACAACAUGGAUCUUGUUCUUUUAGGAUUAAUUCUCUCUGCUGUGGCGCCGACUGUGUGGAACAAAGCUAUAUUAGAGCUGAAAUUCAUUCGUUACAUAAACCACGCAGGGACGGGAGAAAAUGGCCACUGCUGUGACGGUAGAGGUCUUUUCUGCUUCAGCAAAUGUGACCAUAGAUUUGUGAUAUGUGUUGACAAAGCAGAAACAAAUAGAAACGUGAAUCGUUGUUUGAUCGGGAGGCGGUCCUCCAAUGGAAUCGACAACGCUAACGUUAACAUCUUCGGUGACUCAUUUGGUGGCGUCAGAAAUCCAAUGAUAUUCAGCCUGGAUAUAUGGGAUGAGAAGGCCCAGCUGAAGGUGGACGUGUUUGAUGUGGAUGACAACCAAGACGACAAGGUGGACUUCCUGUACGGAAACUUCACGCUGUCCGCAGCCAAAAGUAAAAAGUUGUCACGUGAACAAAGCUUCCGCCUGGCAACGGCCAAGUCAAUACUUGAUUACAAAGCCAGUGUGUACUGUCAGGAAAACUUCUACGGCCCAGCGUGUGACGUCAAGUGUGUGGAUCAUGACGACACUUCCGGACACUACACCUGUGACUCAAAAUCCGGUCAAAAAGUCUGUCUUGAUGGAUGGUCUGGUAUAAACUGCGACAAGAACCUAUGCGGCAGUGAAGUAUGUGGAGCCAAUCAGACUUGUACAAACAGUUCAAAUGGAGAGAUCUGUGAAUGCAAAAAAGGCUUUCAAGGAGAGAACUGUACAGAGCCGAUUCCCGUAGAGUGUUACGAUGGCUUCUGUAAGAACAAUGGAAGCUGCAUUGUUAAUGUUUCAGACAAUACACUAAAUUGUAUCUGUGAUAUUGGCUGGAAAGGAGAGACCUGCGAGGAAGAACACAACCCUUGUGAAUUUAACCCGUGCUUAAGGAACGGGACAUGUGUGUACACCAAGAAUGUGGGGUACGUCUGUGAGUGUCCGUUUGAUUCACAGGGGGAACACUGUGAGAAUGUCAGUACAUGUGUACUACAGGAAGACAUUUGUUUAAAUGGGGGGAGUUGUGUGCAAGAAAAUCUGAAGGAGGAGUGGUAUUUCUGUGACUGUCCUGUCAACUUUACAGGAAAGCAUUGCGAAACUUUGAUUGAAGUGCCUAUAAAUGAAACAAGUGAUUCUAACAUAACUACAAUAGAAACUACCACCAUUGCCAUCAUACCAUCGACUACCAUAGCUCCAAAGGCUACAGUGAUUCUGAGAGGGAAGGUAGACAGUCGAAAUGAGGAGGCUAUACGAAAAGCAUUGAUGAAAAUAAUUCACGAUUUCACGCCAAUAAAGGGCGAAUUAUAUCUGGAAAUGGAGAAAGAGGUGUACAAAACCCAAGAAGGGGAAAUCCUAACUGAGAUUGGUUUUCGAGGCACUGCGGACGGUAAGCCGUUCAGUAUAGCAGAGAUCCAGCGCGUGCUGUCCGACUCCCACGCUGUGAUGGUGGACCACUUACUGCCCAUCCCCCGGGAUCUCCCAGAUAAACAUUCCCACUCCUCGCUUCCCUCCAACGCCGCCCAGGACCAAAUACAGCAUGACGGUUGGAUCCACCAGUACUGGUUCGUCGUCCUACUGAUUGUCCUGGCCAUCGUCGCUCUCGUCAUGUUUAUAACGUUCUUCAUCAUCAUAAGGCGAAAAAAAUCUUUAGAGGAAUUAGAAAACAAAGCCAAUGUAGCUAGAACCAGCAGCACCGGUGUAACAGAAUCCCAAAAUGCGCAAUCCUUUGAGAAUUCCCUGUAUUUUGAAAUGAACCAACAGAAAAAAGACAACAACAGUAAAGUUAAUUUUAAGGCGAUGCCAUGAGUCACAAAAUAAUGGCACCAUAUGUCUCAAUAAAUAUUAGCCAUUUUUAUCCCGUAGUAUGCAGGCCAACAAAUGGCUCAUAAAACUGUGCCAAAUGAAGGUGGUUAUCCUGCUACGUUCGUGUGCUUCUAAAGCUAUGUGCCAUUUUUGACGUAAUUCCACACUGACGUCAAUGUGUGAGCAAACGAGAUUUAGAAGAGAUUUGAAUUUGAUACGCUUUUAAAAGGCUUAUAAUAGAUUAGAUGUAUUAGAACUAUGUACACUUGUUGAUUAUAUAUAUUUGUUACAAGACAGUGCCAUUUAUGUAGAAUAUUUCAUUUAUAUUUUAACAUAACAUAUUUCUAUUUUUAGUUUGCUUGUUAACAGUUUUUAGAAUGUAAGAUUACCAAGGCUUUGAAUGACAGUUUUAUUUACUAAUAAAAUAUUGGUGAUAAAGUACUUAUGCUUUUAUGUGAAAACUGCCUUUAAAUUUGCUUUAUUAUAUUCAUAACAAUGUAUGAACAAUGAUAAACUAUCUUGAUUUUUACAUUUACUUAUAUGUGUGUAUGAUAAGAUUAUGCCAUGACUUUGUGAACAACCUACUACUUGGAUAAAGAUUGAAUGAAUGUAAAUAUGAUACUUAAAGAAUGUUUUUAUUAUUGAAUCCACAUUUUUUCCCAAAGGUUUUGUACUUUAAACCAUAUAUCAAAUAAAACAGUUUUU